GUUGUGGCCAUCUCCUCCACCUCACAGCUCCAGUCCUCAGUGAGACUCCUCCCUUUAGAGCACCGGACACCUCCAGCAACAAAGCAUGCGUCGCUCUGCAACAUUGUUUCUCCUGUGAAUGAGCGGAAUUAAGGAUUUUGUCUGAUUUUGUGCAGUUUUCUCUCCCGUUUGAUGCUCAUCCUAGAUGGCUACCAUGACAACAGAGGCAAGUGCAGUGAGCGAGGCAGACACGGAGGCUAAGCAGAAGGCCAGUGGCGCCGAGCCCGAACCAGAACCAGAGAACAAGCAGAAGCCAGAGGCGGCAGCAUCCGAACCGGAGGGGGAGCAGUCGAGCAAAAAGGCCCAGGAGCAGGCGUCUGAGCCUGGGCCUGCUGACCUCCCUACCUCACCUGAGGAGGAGCAGCUAAAGCCUCGUACCCGGACCUCUGCUGGCAAAGGCUUGUCUCGACUCUUCUCCUCCUUCCUCAAUCGGCGCUCACAGUGCUCUGAGGGAGAGGAGUUUGAGGCAGAGAAAGCCAGGGAGGAAAAGGCUGAAAACGAGGAAAAAGCUGACACGGCAGAAGAGGAGAAGAAGGAAGAUGUGAAGAGUGAAGAGAAGGAGGCUAAAGCAGAGGAGGAAAAAACUGAGGUCAAAGAAGUGACAAAGAAGGAAGAAAAAGAACAAAAAGAGGAGAAAGAGAAAAAAGAAGAAAAGGUAGAGAAGAGGGGCAGCAAAAAGAAAAAGAAAGAAGCCAAGAAGAAAGCGGAGAAAAAGGAUGAGGAGAAAGUGAAAAACGACGAGGAGAAAAAAGAAGACGAAAAGAAAGAGGAGCAAAAGGAGGAGGAGAAAGCAGAGCAGGCUGUAGAAAAGAAGGAGGAAAAAUUGGAGACAAAAGAGGAAGAGAAGGAGACUGCUGAAGAUAAAGAGAAGGGGGCAGAAGCUGGAAAGAACGGGAGUAAAGAGGAGGAAAAAGUUGAGAAGAAGGUAACAAAGAAAAAAGAUAAGGAUGACAAGGUAAAGAAGAAGGAAGAGGAAAAAGCAAAGAGGAAAGCAGAGGAAGAAGAAAGGGUAAAGAAGAGAGAAGAGGAAAAAGCAAAGAAGAGAGAGGAAGAAAAGGCAAAAGAGGCCGAAAGAGCAAAGAAGAAAGAAGAAGAAAAGACCAAGAAGGAGGAGGAGAAGACGAAAGACGAGAAGGCUAAGAAGAAAGAGGAGUCAAAAAAGAAAGAGGAGGACAAGGUGAAAGAAGAGGUACAGAAGAAAGAGAAGGAGGAGGAAAAGCCCCAGAAGGAAGAGGAAAAAGGAAAGAAAAAAGAGAAGGGGAAGAACAAAGGAAAGAAGGAGGAGAAGGAGGUGAAAGGGCCGAAGGAGGAGCAGGUGAAAGCACCGAUUGCAGCUCCAGAGCCUGAGCUUAAAACUGAGCCAGACACUGAACAGGCUCCUGAUCAGCACUCGAUAAGCAGCGCUGAGGCUCAAGAGGAAAAAAAGGAAGAAGCUGCAAUAGAAAAGGAGCCUGAAGCUGUUGAAAAAGUGAAGGAGGAGGAAGCGGCAGAUAAAAAGGAGGAAGAAGCAGCAGAAGAAGAGGAGAAAGAAGCCAAAGGAGAAGAGAAGGCGAAGGGGAAGGCGAAAGAGGAGGCCAAGAAGGAGAAGCCUGUGAAAGAAAAGAAGACGGAAAAGAAGGCAGAAGAGGCUAAAGGCUCCAAACGUCAGAAAACCAUGCAGUGCAAAGUCACAUUACUGGACGACACUCAGUUUGAGUGCGAGCUUGAUAAACAUGCUAAAGUCCAAGACCUUCUAACAAAGGUGUGUGACCACGUCAACCUGCUGGAGAGAGAUUACUUUGGCCUCUCUACUUUGGAAACUCCAACCACUAAGACAUGGUUGGAAUCCACCAAAGAGAUCAGGAAACAGGUCUCAGGUGCUGUGUACGAGUUUACAUUCGGUGUGAAGUUCUACCCUCCUGAUCCAGCACAGCUUACCGAAGACCUCACCAGGUACUUUCUCUGCCUCCAGCUGAGGAAGGACAUUAUGGAUGGCGUUCUUCCCUGCUCCUUUGUCACACUGUCCCUGCUGGGCUCCUACACAGCCCAGUCAGAGCUCGGAGAGUAUGACCCAGAGCUCCAUGGGACCGAUUAUAUUAAGGAUCUGAGCCUGGCCCCCGGUCAGAGCAAAGAGCUGGAGGAGAAGGUGAUGGAGCUGCACCGCACAUACAGGUCAAUGAGUCCCGCCCAGGCCGACAUCUUGUUUCUGGAAAAUGCCAAGAAACUCGCCAUGUAUGGAGUUGACCUGCACCAAGCCAAGGAUCUGGACGGUGUCGACAUUACGCUGGGGGUUUGCUCCAGUGGUCUGAUGGUUUACAAGGACAAGCUGAGGAUCAACCGUUUCCCUUGGCCAAAAGUGCUGAAGAUCUCUUACAAACGCAGCAGCUUCUUUAUCAAAAUCAGGCCAUCAGAACAAGAGCAGUAUGAGAGCACAAUUGGCUUUAAACUGCCAAACUACAAAGCCUCAAAGAAGCUGUGGAAAGUUUGCGUUGAAAACCAUACCUUCUUCAGAGUUCCAACAGUGGAGCCCCCCUCAUCACGACGCUUUCUCGUCUUGGGCUCAAAGUUCCGGUACAGCGGGCGUACGCAGGCCCAGACCCGCCAGGCCAGCUCCUUGAUUGACCGCCCAGCGCCUCGCUUCACACGCUCUGCGAGCAAGAGGCUGUCCCGUAACUUAGAUGGAGCUGGAGAUGAAACUCUCCAGUUCCUUCAACUUCUCUCAGCAUCAACCAGCUCUGAAGUCGAUGAUUGGUCGCAGAUGCUGCCAUCUGACAGACCUCAGUCUUCUCCUGAAUUCCCAGCCAGAGGGGAGUCUGAGCAGACUGUCGGUCAGCCGUGGCAGGAGCUGGCAUCUGAUGAGCAACAGCAGAGGAGAAAGGAGGACGAGUGGUCUGCCUUGCUCCAUCGUCAUCCACCUUUUCCCUUUGUCCCACCUUUUGAUUAUGUGAAACAGCCAGCUAAGCUCAGCUUGGCGGAAAUUAGAGCUAUGGACCGGCUGUUGCAACCAGCUCUGAGACAGCAAGAUGAUUGGUUCCUUUACUUUGACCGAAUCUUCAGCCUAUCCUCACUUGAGCGUGAUGACAAACCAUUGUCCCCCCUAGCUCAGCUCCAUCAAGAGGAUGAGCUGGGCAUUUGGGCAGCAGAGCAGAAACUGACCAGCGAGGAGGCCAUGGGGAGGCUGCAGGAAUCUCUGAUCUUGGUAGACAAGCUGAAAGAUAUUGAUGUUUUGGAAAGGAGGCUUAGAGAAGUUAGGGAUUUAGAGGAUAGACUCCUGGAAAUGGAUGAAAUGGCAGAGCGACUUCAGGGAGUAAUAGAAGAGGAAUUAGGUAAGGGAGAGCUAGAUAAGUUAAGAGAGGAAGAGGACGAUUUUGAGGAGGACAAACAAAUACAAGUUGAAGGUAUAACAGAAAAAGUCUUGAGGAAAUCUGUUAGGAUAACAGAGACAAAGGAGGAUGAAUUAGAAGAGCAGAUAAAAGAGGUGUUUUUAAAAGGCUUGUUACCUGUAGAAGAAGGGGCCGAGAUGAAGCAGGAGAGUGAAAAAGUAGCGAAAGAGGAGAGUCUGUCUGAUGACAGCUUGAGAGUGAAGCUAGGCCAGAUAGAAAAGGAAUGGCAAGACGAGACGGAGGAGAAGUUGAAGUCUGGAUCUUCAGAUGUCACCAGUACCACUUCUGUAGUAGCAUACCGGAAGGUGGCGCACAGCACUAAGAAGAGAGUUACUAUUCUAGAUGAGAGAGAGUGGACGCAGGAAGAACUGGAAGAUGUGCAGGUACAGGGUGGUGUAACUUUAGAGGAGAGGCUAGAAAAAGAGGGGACAUGGCUUCAGACGGAAAUACUGGAGGUGAUAACUGAGGGAGAAGUUACAGAGAGGCUUCAGGCUGAGGAUCAAUCUCAGGUGGCAGAUAAGGAUAUCUGGUACAUACUUUUUGACAGCCCUCCAUACAAAGCUGUUCUCAAACCACCAGUUACUACUUUGGAACGUGCUCAGGUGGAUGAAAGCGAGUAUCUCAUCUCCAAGACUGAGGUUACAACAUUUGAGGAGAAAACAGAGAUUGUAGUAGAAGAGACAACAAUGAGAGAAGAAGUGUGGCGUAUACCAGAGAUCCCACCACCACAGACCAUCAUGGAAAGAGAUGAUGACUGGUUUGUGUUGCUGGAUGUUGUUCCCAGAGAAACGCCUUAUGUACCACCAGUUACCUUGACGGGAAGAGACCAGAUGGGUGCAGAAAGUUUUGUCGCUGUGGCUGCAACUGCAACAGAGGAGGAUAUUAGAGAAGUAGAAGUGGAAGAGAGAAAGAUAAUAGAAGAGGCACCAAGACAUCUACGAGAGCUGCCACAACAGCCACUGCCUGACAGGGAUGAUGACUGGUUUGUGUUGCUGGAUGUUGUUCCCAGAGAAACAUCAUAUGUACCUCCAGUUACCUUGAAGGAAAGAGACCCGAUGGGUGCAGAAAGUUUUGUCGCUGUGGCUGCAACUGAAACCGAGGAGGACAUUAGAGAAGUAGUGACUGAGGAGACAAAGAUAAUAGAAGAAGAGCCAAGACGUCCACAAGAAAUGCCACAACAGCCAGAGCCUGAAAGGGAUGAUGACUGGUUUUUGUUGCUGGAUGUUGUUCCCAGAGAAACAUCAUAUGUACAACCAGUUGCUGUUGAAGAGCGUGUUGAAGUGUCCCCAGAAGAAUUUAUCUCUCUAGCUGGAAUAACAGCCGAUGAGGAGGGAGAACAAAGAGUUGAGAUUAUGGCAGCAGACACAGAAAUAAAACAAGUGCUUAGUGAAAAGCAAGUUGUAACACUGCCACAGGCUGUGCGAGAGAUAGAAGAUGACUGGUUUGUGCUGCUGGAUGUUCCCACUAGAGAACCAUCAUAUGUGCCACCAGUAACCAUGGCAGAGUAUGUUCAAGUUUAUCCUGAAGAAAGCAUAUCUACUGUGGCUGAAACAGUAACCGUAGAGUCCAGGGAGGAGGUCAUAGUUGAAGAGAUUGUGGUGCAGAAAGACGACAGAGGACAGCAGACAAUAUCCCAGCCAGUCAGAAAAAGAGAUGAUGACUGGUUUCUUCUACUGGAUGUUGUUCCGAGAGAAACUGCCUAUGUGCCUCCAGUAUCUCUGGAGGAACCGAGCCAAAUUUAUCCAAGUGUUCAACUUCAGCAAAUGGAAGUGAUAAGCCUAGAGCGGGAGGUGCAGCCGGUUGAUCUUGAACAGAUUAGGCUGCAGCCUUCUCGGCCAGAGCGAGAUGAUGACUGGUUUGUGCUGUUUGAAGCCAUUUGUGAAAAGACAGUUGUUCUACCAUCAGUUACUCCAGUUGAGAUUAUUCCGGAUAUGAGGAAGACCCUUGAGGUUGAGGUGACCACCGCAGAGACUAGAACAUGGGAGAAGAUGAUAAUUGGUGUGGACAGCAGGCUAGAUGAGACACGUCUGUCUGAAAUUAGAACUAGCCAAAUUGCAUCACCGUCAGAGAGAGAAGGAGGAGAUGAUUGGUUUUCCCUGUUCGACAUCAUCCGCAAAAAGCCUGUUGUCAUACCGCCAGUUGCUGUGGUUGAACGUGUUGUGGAUGUGGUGGCAGCCACUGAACCAAAACCAACAUUCAUCAUGGAAGAAGUGUGGCCCCCUGUGAAGUUGUUGGAUAUUAAUCCGUCACAUCCGAGACAGGUGGAUGACGACUGGUUUGUGCUGCUAGAUGUUGCAGCAAAAGUACCAGCUGCUGUGGACGAGCGUAUCCGUACACAUCCUGAAGUAAGAACAGCCAAAGAGUUUGCAGCCAUAGAGCAGAGAUCACAGCAGAGAAUCACUCUAGUGGAGGAGAAGUGGAGGAGAAGUCGCAGCAGGAGAUGUCACAGCAAGAAGUCACAGCAGGAGAUGUCACAGCAGGAGAAGGCACAGCAGAAACCGCGUCCAGCAUUAAGAGAGGUGGAAGAUGAUUGGUUUAUUCUCUGGGAUGUGGCCACUAAGAAAUCAGUAGUUGUACCUGAGCGUAUCCAGUUCCCAGCGGAGGUGAGAGUUCCAACUGCUGUGGCCGAAACAAGGAUUGCUAUUUCUGAGAGGAGACCACAGUUUGAGAAACGGAUCCUGGAGGAAAGACAUCAGCUCACACAAACGCAUGUCAAUGAUGAUUGGUUUGUUCUACUAGAUGUUGGCCUCAAAGAGUCAGUGGUGAGCACACAGAGGGUCACCCGUCCUGUCAGUGCUCCGGUCUUCUCCCAGGCUGCUCUGGCCGAGGCAGGGAUCCCUAUGGCCCCUUUCGAUCAGCCCCAGACCUCCACUCCACUCAAGACCAGCCGCCAAGAGGAAAGAAAGCUGGAGGUCACUGUGGAAACUGUGGAGCCCUCAAAAAUGGAGACUGUGGCUGAGGUCAAGCCAGCAGUGUGGAGGGAGCAGAGAGAAGUAGACUCUUCACUGAUAUCCACCAUCAAUGGGGACAUUCAGCACGAGUCUGAGGUGACGAGCAAGGAGGUGGUGCGAAUGCGAAAGAGAAGAGCUAAGACAAUUGAGGGUGACUCAAUUUAUAUCAGACAUAGCCUUUUAAUGUUGGAGGAGUUUGAUAAGCCUCAGGAGGACCUGCUCAAGCAUCAUGCCAGCAUCAGUGAGCUGAAGAGGAACUUCAUGGAGUCCGGCCCGCAGUCCAGGCCCAGUGAGUGGGACAAACGCCUGUCCACGCACUCUCCGUUCCGCACCCUGGGUAUCAAUGGUCAGCCUCUGCCCAGUGCAGAUGGGAUUCUGUGCAUUAGUCUCCCUUGCAAUGGUUCAGAGACAAAGAACGCUCAUGAGGAAACCAGCUGCAGUUUGGGCUUUUCACGCAUACCAAGUCCCGAUGUGCGCCACAAGAGUGAGCCUGGUAGUGUCCAAGCCCAGGAUGCUCAAGUUGGGGAAGAGUCAUGUGAUCAGGAAGAGCUUGUAGUUUUUGAGACCUCCUUGGUGCCCAUCCUAGAGGUGGAGAUGGCGCAGCUGCCUGCCUCCCUCGACCCCUGCUGUGAGGCUUUAGAUGGGAUCCAGGAGGAAGAAGGAUCAUGUCUGGAAGUGUCUGCGUGCUCUGGAAAGAUAGUUGGAUCUUCCCCAGCUUCCUAUUUCAGGAGUGAUGGUCCCCAGGUUGUACGCUGCUUCCAGCCCCCUCUGGUGCAGACCCAGACUGUCACCAUCACAGCUGUCUCCACCUCCUUACCCAGUGGCGUCUCCACCACAGAGGUCCCUAUCGUCCCGACCAAGACCUUCAUCUAUGAGUCUUCAAAGGAUGCAGUUGAUGGGACAGAUGAGGACAAAGAUGACACAACUGUGUCCAGCUCAAAGAGUGUUACCUCAGAGACCACCAGUGGCACCACAGUCACCACCACUACCACUCACAUCUCAAAGGUAGUGAAAAGCGGAUCUUCGGAGACCCGCGUGGAGAAGAGAAUUGUCAUAACUGCCGAAUCUGACGUCGUCCAAGAUAAGGGGAAAGGAGGAGGAGCAUCAGCAUUGUAACUGAAUCACCACCUGCAUUUAUUCCUUUGACUCCACCUCCGACACACACUGACCAGCUCUGUCUACGCACACAUAUCCCAAUAAUAAAUAUCCCCUUAAUCUGCACCUAAUAAUAUGGAUGAUUCAGCAGAUAAAUCUCAGUAGAUCCUCUUUGUUGUUUUUUUCAGUUGUAAGUAGAGGAGGGCUUCACAGUGCUCGAGUUUGUUCAAAGUCCUAUCUCAUCCAGGUGUUAAAAAAAAAAAGCUUAGUCAACACACUUUUAUUGGUUGAAAAAAGUUAUUUCAGUUAUGUUUACUUUUAAAUGCUUUUAUUUCCCUAGUGGUUUUUACAUUGUUAAUUUUAUACAAAUGCACUGUUUCCAUUCUAGUUUAGACACCAUCAUCAGCAUUUAUUCCCUUGGUGCUGCUAGGGGAACGUUAAGACUACAUUCAAGGGAAUCCUUUUUUGUUGUUGUUUACUUGUCUAUUUAAUUCAGGAGACUAUUUUUUAAUCACAUGACAUACCUUGCAUCAAAUAAGUGGACAAAGAUAUUCUGUGCUAUAAUUUGGACAGUUAUUUUGCUUAGUUCACUGCUCAGGUACAAAAAGAAAAACCUUAACAUUUUUUCUUCCCUAACCAGCCAAGAACCAGCAGCUUACACAUUAUUGUAAAGUUUGAAUUAAAAAUGCAUCUAUUUUGAAAUAUUUCUCUAUUUUAUAGAAUUAAUGCUUUUAUAGUAUUUGUACAAAUUUGAGGUUUUUAAGUUAUUCACCCAUCUGCUCAUUAAAUUGUAGGUUGCCACUGUGCUGUUUACUGAAU